AUGUUAUCCGAAAGAGAAUUCAGUUCAAGUGAAGAUAGUGAAAGUGAAGAUAGUCAGUCUUCAUCACAAUACCAUCGAAAGAAUAAGAAAUGGAGCAAGUCAUCAUCUUCAGCUCGAAGUAAUGCAAAAACACCUUUCAAAUAUCUUGCAACUGUUUAUGAAGGUCAUAAAAAAACAAUAUAUGGUGUGGCAUUCAGUCCAUAUCUAACUGUCAAUCCACAUUUUGCUACUGUAGGAGAAAACCGGGUAUCGAUAUAUGCUAUUGCAAAAGAUGGAAAUGGUGUGAGGCUGUUGAGAAGUUUUCACGAUUCAGCUAAAAAUGAGUCAUUUUUUGCCAUAUGUUGGGGAUAUGAUACAGAAAAUGAUGUUCAUGUUGUGAUUGCUGGUGGAAAUCGGGGAAUCAUCAGAGUAAUUAAUGUUGUUACGGGAGAGCUUGUCAAUAGUUUAAUAGGACAUGGUGACGCCGUUAAUGAUGUCCGUGUUUUUCCUAAUGAUUCAAUGAUCGUCGCUUCAGCUAGUAAAGACUUUACAGCUAGGAUAUGGAAUAUCCACAAUAGUGCUUGUUUAGCAAUCCUUGGCGGCGUGGAAGGUCACCUAGAUCAAGUUAUAUCAGUAGAUUUUGACGCCAGCAGUGAAUAUUUGGCAUCUGCAAGUAUGGAUCAUACCAUCAAAUUGUGGUAUGUUGGAAAAGGCAGUGGUGUUGAUCGACUUGUCGAACAGUCUAAAGCUGAUCUAAAAGUGAAUUAUGGUUUUUCACCGCUUCUUCGAAAUCUAAUCCAACUGGUGGAUUUUCCCGCUGAAAUACACUACCCUCGCUGUUGUACCAGAGAUAUACAUACAAAUUAUGUUGACUGUGUUCGCAUUUUUCACAGACUGAUAUUUUCGAAGUCUACCGAAAAUGAAAUAGUGUUGUGGAAAUUUGGUGAUUUUGAUGAUAUGCUUGCUGGUCAAGGGAAUAAAUUAAAAACCGAAACUUGCGUUAUUCAUUUUCGCCAACUGAAACUACCAGAAACUAAUAUGUGGUAUAUCAAAUUUGAAAUUGAUCCGCUGGAAAAGUACCUUGUAUGCGGUAAUCAAAAAGGUGAAAUUCAUGUAUGGGAGAUCAACAAUGGUUCAUUACCUUCCGUGAAAAGCAAUUACGUAUUGCGGAUGAAAGAUGUUUGGUGUACAGUAAGACAAGUUGCAUUCAGUCCAUGUGGUCAGCAUAUGAUUGCUGUGGCAGACGAUGCAAGCAUAUCUAGAUUUAUAAGACAAGUGUAA